UUUUGAAACUUAUACAAAUUAGACUUUGAUAAUCUAUGAAAUUAUAAAUCUAUAGCUAAAAAUCAAUAAAUUCCAUAGCUCGACUUUACAAUUUCGAGUCAUAAACUGUCUCAGUCGAGCUAACUUGGGUGGUACAUCAAUCGACAUAUUACUUAUUUGGUACACAAAUCUUUUAAUGUCGAUUAAGUUCUCGAAUUCAUUCUUCUCUGUCUUUUGUCUUUUGAACUGGGUAGAGCAGAGCAAAAUGAGAAGAAUUUCCAUCUCCUAAGCCAAAAACCAAAUUUGGACUAAAUAUUGGAAUUUUUGCACAUGGCAUGGCCCACCAUAUAUCACUUGCAUAGAGUGGUGCAGUUGGAAGCUAGCAAAUAGUCAGCUCUAAAAUCUCUUAUUUUUCCAUCUACUUUCUCAUUUUCUCCAAUCACGGACCAUUGACUUUGAAUGUUGGUCUGUUGCCUCAUCAACUGUAUUUUCCUCCUCCUCUCUCUCUCUGUAUAUCACAACUUCAAAUGCUCCAUAUGAAUCUCUUCUGCUGCAUCCAUGGCAAACUUCAUCUUCUUCUUCAUCUUCCUCUUCUUCGUCCCGGGUCUUUUGUCGUGUCCCGACCGACAAAAGCAAUCCCUCCUCCUCUUCAAGUCCUCCCUCCUUUCCUCUACAGUUUUUCCCAACAGCUCCAUUUCUGUCUUCUCCUCUUUGGACUCCUGGAACUCCACUUCAGAUUGCUGCCAUUGGGAAAGAGUUGUCUGCACUUCCCCUCUGGAUUCUCGCCGGAGGAUGGUUCGCGGUCUCAAUCUUUACUCUUUGAGGAUUACUGAUGAUCCAUUGCCACUUGAUGCCACAGCAUUGAUGCCACUUUUCAGCAUUAGAAGCCUGAUGUUACUUGACCUUUCUUCGAACUACUUCGAGGGUGGAAUCCCGGGAGCCGGGUUUGCUAAUCUUAGCAAGUUGGUUUAUCUUGAUCUGAUGCAAAAUAAGUUCGGUGGCUCCAUCCCUCCGCAGUUGUAUCGUCUGCGAUACCUUCAAUAUCUCGACAUGAGCAGCAAUUUGCUUGGUGGAGCUGUGACUGAGGAAGUGAGGUUUCUUGAAAGCCUGAGAGUACUGAAGUUGGACAGCAAUUUACUCGGAGGGAACCUUCCCAGAGAAAUUGAAAACCUGAAAAUGCUGCAGAAACUGUUUAUUCGCGGCAACGGGUUCGUGGGCGAAAUUCCCCCCUCCAUUGUCAAUCUGAAAUCUUUGGAAGUACUGGACAUGAGGGGCAAUAAAUUUUCAAUGGGGAUUCCUUCAGAUAUUGGAACUCUGUUCAACUUGACCACUUUGGCCUUGAGCAAUAACAGACUGAAUGGCACAAUUCCAAUCUCAAUACAGCACAUGGAAAAGUUGCAAAAACUGGAACUGGAAAACAACUUACUUGGAGGGCAAGUUCCGAUAUGGUUGUUCGAUAUGAAGGGGCUCGUAGAUCUGCUGAUUGGGGGCAAUUUGAUGACUUGGAACACCAGUGUUAAAAGCGUAAAACCGAAGAUCAUGCUUUCUCAAUUGUCGUUGAGAUCUUGUGGGCUUGUAGGAGAGAUCCCAGAAUGGAUUGCUUUGCAGAAGGGUCUGAAUUUCCUGGACUUGAGUGAGAACAAACUUGAAGGAACUUUUCCUCAAUGGCUUGCUGAGAUGGAUUUAGGUUCCAUUAUUCUCUCAGACAACAAACUUUCGGGUUCUCUUCCUCCCCGUCUCUUUGAGUCGAAGAGUUUGUCCGUGCUCGCCCUGUCUAGGAACAGCUUCUCUGGAGAACUUCCUAAAAAUAUUGGUGAUGCCAAUUCUAUAAUGCUGCUAAUGUUGUCUGGAAACAAUUUUUCUGGUGAAGUUCCAAAAUCGAUCUCAAAUAUUCAUCGCCUACUGCUGCUGGACUUAUCAAGAAACAGACUAUCGGGCAAUACAUUCCCAGCUUUUGAUCCGUAUGCAUUUCUUUCCUACAUAGACUAUUCUUCAAAUGAGUUCUCAGGUGAGAUUCCAACAACCUUCCCUCAACAAACUAGGAUCCUUUCAUUGAGCAAUAACAGAUUUUCUGGAAGCUUGCCCAAGAACCUAACUAACUGGAGCUUGCUCGAGCACCUCGAUCUCCAUAACAACAAUAUCUCCGGUGAAUUGCCCGACUUCCUUUCCGAGCUCCGCACACUUCAAAUUCUGAGUUUGAGAAACAACUCCCUCACAGGUCCAAUCCCAAAAAGCAUCUCCAAGCUUAGUAGCCUACAUAUACUUGAUCUCUCCAGCAACCAUUUGGCUGGAAGAAUACCGACCGAGAUCGGGGAACUAAAGGGAAUGGCUGAGAGACCGAGCACAUUCUCAUCUCUCUCUGAUGAUCUCUUCAACAUCUUUAUUGAGUUCAAUGACUUGGUAGUAAAUUGGAAGAAGUCAAUCCUGGGUCUUCCUACCAAUCCGAGCCUCGACAUCUACGUAUUGUUAGACUUGUCCGGGAACCAUCUUAGUGGAGAGAUUCCAACAUCAGUCGGUAAUCUGAAGGGCAUAAAGCUUCUCAACCUGGCAUACAACAACCUGUCUGGAAAUGUACCAUCAAGCUUUGGGAACUUAGAGAAUGUGGAGACCUUGGACUUGUCUCACAACAAGCUCUCAGGCUCAAUCCCAGAAUCACUAGUCAAGCUGCGAGAGUUGACGGUUCUCGACGUGAGUAACAACAAGCUCAUGGGCCGGAUUCCAGUUGGGGGACAGAUGGACACCAUGAACAUUCCAAGCUACUAUGCCAACAACAGCGGGUUAUGUGGAAUUCAAAUCCAGCAGUCAUGUCCAGAUGACAAGCAACCAGCAAAACCAGAAUUGGAGGAAGAAAAGGCAGAGGUGUUUUCCUGGGUAGGUGCUGGAAUCGGAUUCCCAGUUGGCUUUGUGUUUGCAGUUCUAGUUGUUUUCAUGUCCGGGUUAUUUGGUCCACUAACACCACGUAGACGCAGGAGCAUCGUUCGCAAGCCUAGAAGGCGAAGGCCAUGAGUUUCAUCAAAUAAACCAUACGUAAUGAACUGCUGUGGAUCAAAUAGUCUGCAUUUUAAAAACACUAAAAUGCAGCAAUAUAUGAUAAACA